AUGGGUCAGCCGUCGCGUCCCGGUCGCGAACAGCGGCCCCUCGUCAGCGAAGGCAUCGCGGACGACGUGCUCGCCAACUCGAUCACCAUCCUCGAGGCUCUCAAAGAUGCUGCAAGCGCCGUCGGGGCCGUUCCCUUCCUCGGCGGCAUCAUCGCCGCCGCACUCGGAAUCGCGAAGGCCGUCGAGCAAUCGAGAGCGAACACAGACGCGUUCGUCUCCGUCGCUGAGCGCGCGGUGGCCCUCGCCGAGUACGUUCAGAAGAAGACUCUAGGGUCGAACGGGGGGACGAUCGGUGUGGACAUGCAGGUCAUCUUGCUGGAGCUACACAGCGCUCUGGUGAAGGUGCAAGACGCAGUCAAGCGAGAGCUGGAGAAGGGGCGCUUCAAUCGUUUCUUUCGACGGGCAAAGCUUCACGGGAAGGCGCAGGAAUGCCUACUGAAGCUGGACGAUGCGUGGCGUUCGUUUGACACCGCGAUCCUGGUGCGACUGGAGCGCCAGGUUGAAUCGCUUAGGAGCCAGGUUGAGUCGCAAGCUCCAUUCGAACCCGGCACCUUGGUACCAUACGUGCCGUUCACAUCGAUACAGAAAGACCGCACGACGACGCAGUACAAAACUAGGACCCACAAUGGUGAACAACGCAGCGGUAUAUGGGACAAUCGUCCGGUGACAGUGCGCAUCUUCGACCACAAGUUCAAGGAUAACGUUUUUGAAAGCAUUCAAAUGUACUCUGAGAACCACCGCGAGUCCCACGAAACCUUCAGCAAUGUGAUCGCUAUGGCGUACCCUCGUGCUGGAGUUCAAUUCUAUGUCCUUGAUGGUCUACGAAGAUCUAUAUUGACAGACUUCGACAGCAAGGACCCCGUGAUUUGGGUUGAGAAGCUUUUUCAGCAUUUGGUCGAUGCAGCGGCACACAGAGACCAUAGGCAGCACUUCCUUCCCGAGGCUCCAGUGUGGCACAACUCGGCGAUCACUUUUGAUGCUCUGGUACGGGUGCGCGACCAUGUCUCUCGUUCCAAUUUCUCUCGUCUCUGGCAUUCCAUCAUCAGUGGUGUGCCGUGCCACAUCCUAGAGAUCACUGGCAACGAUGCCAAGCCGGGCGACUAUGGCUACAUUCCAAAUCACCCCGACGGCCCCCGUUUCACGUACCUCGGAAAUAUCGAUGAUGUCUUCGAAUCCUCAGUAGAUAUUGUGUAUCGAGAGUGUCGGGUUUACCACGACACGCGUAGGACCCCGUUCAAGCACUCCACUUGGUCGGACAACACAGUCGAGAGUGAGGAAUUUACCAUUGUUCCAUCCCAGAACGACCCAGGUCGUUGGUGCAUCGGCAAAGGAAUCGGAUCCGGCAUAUCAGGCGACACAUACGACAAAUUCUUCACCGACCACGCACUACGUCUGUCCCGCCUACAUGGUAUAGACCUAUCGGAUCUCUUUCUCGUCUCUUCCCGCUAUUAUGAGGCGUGGGCGUGCACUGGCGAAGAUCACACGCAUGGUACACACACAACGGCGUGGCUUCACAAGCAGCCACUUGACGAACACGGUGUGCCCCACGAGCCGUGGGCGUACUGGUCCUUUGAUGAGGAGCCAGUGCCCGUAGGACACCCGCCGCCAGACGUUCCACAGGGCCCUGGAUGCUUCCGGGUGAUACCGCCAAGGCUGUGGGCCAGGGGUCUCGGUCCGUUUAUUGCUCGAAUGAACGUCAUGCUGGCGGAGGCCAGCAAACGUGAUCGGUGCGCCGGCACACACAGGAAAGCCAUGGACACUGACAAGAUUGCGCCGCGCACGGGGCACUCAUGCGCCGGGGAGAGCUCAGACGACGAUGGAGAUGUGGGGUACCACACGGCGAGUGAAUAA